CUAAAAUUGUCUUUGCAGCAGUUAGCCGGCUUACACAAAAAGGUCCAUGCGUCGUCGUUUUGGUGAACAACUAAGUACUUACGGAAAACACGACUACUCAUAACAAUUCAAUCUUGCUGGUUGUAAUAUUACAACUUGCCGACCAAUUUCAAAUUCAGUCUCAACUCAUCAUGUGUAUCAUUAUUUCCUUCCGACUAACAGUGUUAAAGGUUUACACCUCGAGAAACUGAUAACAAGCACCUGUCAGAGUCGCGUACGUCAGCACAAUAAUGUCAGAAAAUUAAAUUGGCUACCAUGGGUCUCUUAUGUUAAUUAAGGCUAAGCCAUAUCUGACAAUUGUGGAUAUGAUAAAAAAUCCUUAUAAAACCUCUGGUGGGACUAGUAGAUUGACAAAUUGGGAAUGAAAUAAACCCUAAGUGUUGCAAACACCCACAGCUCCGCCCCCCUUUUUUUACCAGUCGGGAACUUGUGAUAACAACUUUAUUGUUUGUUUAUAUAUAUAUAUAUAUAUAGGUAAAUUAAAGGAUAGACAAUGAGUGAAAAACAAGAAGAAGUUGAUGACAAGGUCAGUGAUUUAGCUGAUGGCGUUCAGAAGGAGGAGAUUUAUGAUGAAGAUGUGGACACAUAUUAUUUUGAAUCAGAUCACACAGCGUUGAAAGGAAACCCAGACUAUCAAACACUUUUGAAGACGGUUAUCUUGCUAGAAUCUCAACGAAUUCAAGCCAUGAAGGAUCUAGACAAAUUACAUCAGUGUCAAGCAGAAGCUCUGAAAGAUCCCAUAUCAUUUGUCGAAAAACUUCAGAGUGGAGCAGAUAUUGGAUUUCCAAGGCGACAACAUGUGGCCAAUAUCCCUUCCCUCAACUGGGGAAAAUACACAAAAAAUGUUGACUUUUCAUCAUUGGGUGUACCAAAACACAUGACCAGACUCAAAAGGCAAAUAAUUGAAGGGAGUUCAGAUAAUGACCCAAUGCAGGUAAGCUCUAGUGGAACGGAAUCACAAGUGACCAUGGUGAGAGGUCGCCUGAAGGACGAAAGCAAGUCGGUAACAUUCAACAAGCUCUGGAAUGUGGAAGAACAGAAAAGAUUGGAGGAUUUGUUGAUCCAGUAUCAACCAGAAGAAGUAGAGGCCAAGCGAUGGCAGAAAAUUGCAGCAGCCCUUGGUAAUAGGACUCCACAACAGGUGGCAAGUCGAGUGCAGAAAUACUUCAUCAAGUUGGCUAAAGCUGGAUUACCUAUUCCAGGGAGAUUACCAAAUCUAGCCACACAUACUAAAAAGACUUCUCAUCGCCAUCACCGGUUCCAUAAGUUUUAUCACCAGCCGUCCACAUUCCUGUCUUCCCAUGAGCCUCCUGUAUACAUGUCUGACGAUGAAUCUAUGGCACCAGAUGAUCCAAUGUACGAUGACACAAACAGUAACCUACCUGAUACAUACACCCCAGACAUUUCUGAUGACGAGAGUAUACCUGCAGAGCUGAGAGAGUCAGAAGAGUAUUCAGAACUGAUGAGACUGAAACGACUUCGUGUGGAAAAAGUUCAGGGCAGGAAUGGUAUACCUCCACAACACAUUGGUUUUAAGUGUGACCGCUGCCAGUGUGAACCCAUUGUUGGCACCAGAUGGCACUGCAGUGACUGUCUCCAGGAAGAGGCUGUGGACUUUUGUGACAUGUGUGUGGAAAGCAAUUUUGAAACCAGAAAACACAACUCUAGUCAUCGAUUAAGACCAAUCAGUGUGCCUGAAACAACAGGCUUGGUGGACACUGAUUACACAACUUUCACCCCAGGAAACUACAAUUACCUUGACUCUAACUACAUGCCAGCCAACUGAAGCUGUCUACAAGAAUAAUGUGAUGCUACUGCAGUGGGUACAUAGUAAAACAAUGUUACAAAUAUCAACUAUUUUGAAAUUAA